GAGCUGUUGCUAACCUCGAAACUUACGAAGAAAUUAUCCCUGAACCAAAGAAUAGCGACCAGUACUAAAAAAAAAAAAAUACGCUACUGAAGUUGCGUCAUGUUUGUUUACAUUUGUGUCGUCUGCAAGUGUGAAACUCGAUAUUGUUUUCCCUGUUGCGUUAAUUAGUAUUGUUGGCACGUGUUAUUUGAGUUUCGUAUUUGUAUACCAAACAGAUGUAGGCAUUAGAAUUUAGACUUGCGCUUCGGAAGCGAAACUGCAGAUGUACGGUAUCAUUAAUUUCGUUUUUUUCUCAACGCGUGUGAUUUGAUAACAAGAACGUUACAUAAAGAUCGAAAUGCGUGCAUAUGCAAACACUUUACCCGAGUUUAGAUCGCUGGACUGAUGCAGUUGUUCGAGUGGCUUUUUAACUUUUUGCAUAUUUGUAUUUUAUUUGCAAUGCGUUCGAAUGAAGAUUGCAUUGAUGUGGAAACUCCACCAGGUGUGCCACUAAGCGCUCAGUAUAUGAGGAGUUUUGCGUAUGCAACAGUGAAGGAUCGGCUACCCGUUAUAUUGACCCAGGUCAUUGAUCAUUUAGUGCGAGACAAGGAAGAAAUCAUUAAAGGCCAUGGAGAGGUAGCAAGAGAAGAGCUAAAAACCGUCAUUGGUGCAUUUUCACAGUUGAAGAAUGAAAUUCAGACAAACAAACCACUGACACCACUUAAAUCAAAUAGCUCUGACAUUAAAAUCUGGAAUUCAGUCCUGGAAGAAGAAACAAAAAAUAACAAACACAAGUGGUUCAAUAGUGACUGGCUAUUUUCAGAAUGCUAUAUGUACAGGAAAGUGAGAGAAAUAUUUGAAUUAAGUCAGUCUCUUACUGCCUUUGAUCCUUUUCGUAAAUCGAAGGAAUCUGGACUCCAUAAUUCAAUCCGUUCAAUUGUGAUUUUAUCAGAUUAUAUGAAAAAACAGUUGGAAGAAGUUGACCAGCUGAAGAGGAGUGACGUAAGACAAGCAUUGCAGCGAAUUCUUUAUCUGAACCUCUGGGGUAACCGCUUCGACUUAUCUCUGUCAAAAGGUGUUCAAAUUCUCAUAACAGAAAAUCCUCUUACAUAUGCUGAAAACUUCAAAGAUGAUAUCUUAGUAGAUGAUUCUGAUAAAAUAUGGGAAGUUUUAUCUGAAGCUGAUGAGCAGAAUAAACUUGUAGACAUUGUACUGGAUAAUGCAGCUUAUGAGCUGUUCACAGAUUUCUGCCUUGCAGAUUACCUGAUCACUGCAUCACUCGCUAGCAAAGUACGCUUUUAUGUGAAGGCUAUGCCAUGGUAUGUUUCAGAUACAGUGGUGAAUGACUUUCAUUGGGUUAUAAAAACCUUGAUCCUUCAUGAUUCAAAAAAUGUAUCUGAUUUAGCGUCAAGAUGGAAGAAAUAUUUGGGUAGUGGGAAGUGGGUAAUAGAAGUUAAAGAUUUCUGGACUUUACCCUAUAGUUACAAUAAGAUGCAAGAAAUACGACCAGAACUGUAUGCACAACUAUCACAAGCUCAGCUAGUUAUUUUUAAAGGGGAUCUUAACUACCGUAAACUUGUUGGAGAUAUUAACUGGCCUCCAACAGAGACAUUUUGCAAUGCACUUCAAGGCUUCAAUCCUACAAACGUUAUAACAUUACGCACUAUAAAAGCAGAUACAAUAUGUGGUUUGAAACCUGGACAGGCAGAAGACACAGCAGCAAAAAAUGGUGAUUGGCUGAUAACAGGAAAGUAUGCAGUUAUUCAGUUCUGUGGUAAAGCUUGAACUCUAAUCUGUUUUAUUCCUUUUUAACUAUGGUCUUGUCUGUGAUAUGGCUCUGAGAAUUUUUAUAUUCUUUAAGAGCUUUAAUUUUGUAUCUUUUUGGGUACUGGCUGAAUUUAUUUAGUAUGGUGUUCUUGAAUAAAGUAUAUUGAUUCAUGUGAGA